UAACAGACUGUUACCCGUGUAGUAUUGAAAUUACCUAUAUAAAUUGAAACCACAAAUUUCUGAAAACAAUCUCACAAUGGCCAACGUUUCCACCCGAUUGUUGGAGAAAUACAACGUACUGCUGGAACAUUUGGACUUCGGAUACAUUCGGGCCAGCACGGACGGGCGGGAAAUGGAGAAAAUCGUUAAAAUCCUCCGUUCCGGUCAGGAGGGCUUCUAUCCACAGCUGACCGAUCUGGCUGUAGAUCGGCUGCGGCAGCUGAAGCCGGACAGCAAACUUCUGAGAACGGAAAGUGAACCACUUCGAAAGGAUUCCUUGCCGGCCAACGAAUGGGAGCGGAUCAGCGACGAGCUGGCCUCUUGGGAGAAAAACGUGACUAGGCUCCAUCAAGGACUGUUAGAGGUUAAGGAUGAACCGGUUUCUGUUCUCCCGCCCAUAAGAAGUGUCACCAGUAAAGUCGAAACAUCAAAGAAAAACUCAAGUUCAGAAGGGAAAGCAACCCGUAUAAAAUCCUGUGACUACGAGCGCUGGGACCAGUACGAUCCGGAUGCGGAACUGCUCAAGAUGGAGCUGGAGGAGGAACGGCGAAAGGAGUUCGUUGCCGAACAGAAUCGACGCAAUGCGGAACGGUCGACUCUGAUCGAAGAGUUGCCACCGGAUGAGAUUGGGCAGCUGAGCGACGCGGAACGAACGAUUCUGGCCGGGAAGUACCGGGAGAAGGGUAACGAUUUCUUUCGGGGCAAAGAGUAUCAGCAAGCGCUGCAGGAGUACGAUACUAGCUUGCGUAUUUGUGCGACAGCCGCAUGUUACAAUAAUCGGGCGGUGACAUAUUUAAAAAUGAACAAGUUUGAGGAAGCGGUUAACGAUUGUGAUAAAUGCUUGGAGUUGGAACCCGAGAACAUCAAAGCCAUGCUACGUAAAGCUGAGGCUCUUAGAUCCGAUUCUAAAAUUAGAAAGGCUUUUGAAGUCUACAAAAAACUGCUCCAGUUAGAACCGAAUCACAAAAUGGCCUUAAGUGCGGUUGAGAGUCUUAGAAAAACGGAUCCGGAUCUUCCACCACUGAACUCGUUCCGUAUGACCAUUGAGGAAGUUACCAAUGAACAAAUAAAAACCGAACAAUUGGCGAUUCGAAAAAUUGAGGAAGAACAGGAAAUCGAUGUAGAUUUCGCUGCGCUCAUUAAGCCGAAACGAAUUGUAAAGGAUAAACUCCCGGAUGCUAUGAAGGCCCUCAAAAGUGAAACCGCGAAGAUCGUAAAAGAAAGCAUUAACCAGAGGCAGGAACGAACCAACCGUAAAAUCGACCUGACGGUAACAAAACCGGAACCGAGGAAAGUUCUCAUACAAGAAUUGUAAACCGUACAUUAUUGGUGUAAUUUUAAUAUUUCACUUGAUACUAGUUUUCUUCCUAAUCGGACGAUACAAAAUAACAGAAAUAAUAGGUUCUAGUGACGCAAUAGAAAUUGAUUAGUAUAUAAUAUAAAUGUGUCCCAUCAUACUCGUAUAUUCCGUUCGCGUAGCAGCAGUUAGCUGUAGAUGUGUGACCCGGGGGAAUGACUAAGCUGAAAGGAUUUAGAUUACUGUUUUAAAACCAGAGCAACAGUGCUCUCUGCUUACCACGCUGCUGCUGUUGCUCCAAUCAUGCCUCGUGGGGCAGAUGGCGAUUGAAGAUACCAUCGUCAGCAUCGCCAAGAUCGUCCGAAUCCUGGCUGCGACGUCCGAGAGUGGCCAGCACGUACAUGAUACACACGAACCCGAGCAUCCCGGAUACCACCAAGAACCAGGUUCGCCGCCAGGGUGGCCUUGAUGAGGGCGCAUAGAAGCGACGGGACCAGCGUGAGAAGAUUUCCGCCGGCGUUCGGCGUUUGUAUUUGUUGUCGUCCCGGUCCGAACCACCGAUAGGAGAUUCGCGGGGCAACAGCGGGCGCCGACUGCUUGCUGGAUGGGAAAUUAUAAAAAUAGUUACGAUUUUCUAACAUAAUAAAGAUGGAGGAAAACUUUU